AUGGCGGCUCAGGAGGCCGCCGCAGCUGAUUCUUCGGGCCCUCGGUUCGCUCCGGAUGACCCGACGCUUCCUGCGCCUUGGAAAGCGCUGAUUGAUGGCGCGACGCUGUACUAUUGGAACCCAGAGACGAAUGUGACCCAGUAUGAGAAGCCUGCUGCAACUGCAGGGGUGCCCCCCUUGCCAGCAGGUCCUCUGCCGCCAACCCCUGCGCAGGUUCCGGAACCUGCACCAGGGGCUUUUUCGCAGCCUAACGUGCAGUUUGGCCAAGCUGGCCAGGCAGGGCACCAGGAGCGUCCUGGCCAGGCAGCUUAUCCUCCUCAGGCUGGCCAGCUUGGGCAGCAGCACACUCAACAGCCAGCUCAGCAGCAUGUCAUGGCUCAACACCAAGCUUCGUUUCAGCAAGUGCCAUAUCAGCAACAGCAGACGCACAUGCCAAAUCAGCCGCAUCAGUACCACAGUGUGCAUCCUCAACACAUGCCGUAUCAGCAUGGUCCUUACAUGCAACAUCAGCAGCAACAGCAGGCUCCACCAUAUUCGUAUCAGGCAGACCAGCAGCUACACAUGCCACAAACUGCCUAUAAUCAAGCUCAGCAGCCACCAAUGCCGCAAGCUGCCUACAAUCAAGGUCAGAGUCAGCAGCCACCGAUGCCGCAACCUUCCUACAAUCAAGGUCAGAGUCAGCAGCCACCGAUGCCGCAGCCUUCCUACAAUCAAGGUCAAGUUCAGCAGCCACCGAUGCCACAACCUUCCUACAAUCAGGGUCAGCAAUCCAUGAUACCACAGUCUGCCUACAAUCAAGCUCAGCAGCCUCAAAUUCCACAUGGUGCUUAUAAUCAAAGCCAGCAGCCGCAGGGAGUUAGGAUUCCUCAGAGUCAAGGGCAACAUCCUCAACAAUCUUUGAGCUUUCACCACCCUGCCCAAGCUUCGCAGUCACCGCAGGUUUCUCAACCUCAAGGACUUAAAAUGCCAUCUCAACAAGGUCAACUGCAGCAUGGAUUGCCGUUCACUCAGCAUGGAAAACCGCCACUGCCACUUGGGCAACAAAGUCCAUUAUUGAAGGAUGAUGAUGGAGGAGUUCAUGAAGGCAAGCGGACUGUCUUUUCAUUACCACUUAGUCAGCAGCGUGGCCAGGCUCCUCUUCCAAAUCAGCAGUUACCUUCUAGUCAUCAACAUCCUGGAGCCCUUAGUAGCCAGCCAAAUAUACCUGGAGUUGGUGGGCCGUUGUAUCCUGCCAAGCAUCUUCCUGGUGGAUCAUCCUCUGCUGAGAUUAAUAACAUGGGUUUUAUGAACUCACCUGCUCAAAUGCAUCAAGGUGGAGCAGAUACAAACUACCAGCAAAAAACAGUUAGUGGCCAUGCAGUUCCAAAUCAUGUUGGUCCAUCACCAAUUCGACCUCCAAUGGGUUUUGAUAUGGGUAAUAGUGAUGGUCACUCUGAAAGAGAUGACCCUCACUCUUAUGGAAGGUUUGAUGGAACAAAGGCUCUCCAGCAGCAGCCAAAGCUUGCUCCUCUCCCAACUUCACAAAAUCCUACGGGCAUGCAUAAUGGACCGCCUUAUCCUCGUCCAGACAAUUUUGGUGGUUAUAACAUGGCACCUCCACAGUCAGUACCAAAUCCACAUAAUCUUGGUCCAUCGCCUAUUGGAACUUCAGUGAGGCCACCGUCAAGUAUGUUUGCUCCUCCAGAUUUUCCAAGCGUAUCUUCAGCUGAUGCAUACCGUCAACACCAUGAAGUCACUGCCAUGGGUGAGAACGUUCCUGCUCCGUUUAUGACAUUUGAGGCUACUGGAUUCCCUCCAGAGAUUCUGAGAGAGAUCCAUGCAGCAGGCUUUUCAAAUCCCACUCCAAUUCAAGCUCAGACAUGGCCUGUUGCACUGCAAAACCGGGACAUAGUAGCUAUUGCCAAGACAGGGUCUGGAAAGACGCUGGGGUACCUAAUUCCUGCUUUUAUACAUCUGAGGAGAUGCCACAAUAAUCCGAUGUUGGGUCCUACGGUAUUGGUUUUGGCCCCUACUCGCGAGCUUGCUUCACAAAUACAAGAUGAAGUAGUUAAGUUUGGUCAAUCAUCUAGAGUUUCCUGCACAUGCCUAUAUGGUGGAGCUUCAAAGGGCCCUCAGCUAAGAGAACUUGAGCGUGGAGCAGAUAUUGUGGUAGCAACACCAGGACGUCUUAAUGAUAUUCUGGAGAUGAAGAAGAUUAGCCUCCAUCAGGUUUCAUUACUUGUGCUUGAUGAAGCAGACCGUAUGCUUGACAUGGGGUUUGAGCCACAAAUACGGAAGAUUGUGGAUGAGAUUCCUAAUACUAGACAGACUCUAAUGUACACUGCCACUUGGCCAAAGGAGGUUACAAAAAUAGCUGGGGAUUUACUAAGAGAUCCUGUCCAGGUCAACAUUGGCAGCAUCGAUGAACUUGUUGCCAACAAAUCCAUCACUCAGGCCGAAAGAGAUAAUGUUCUCAAUCAGUUUCGAACUGGCAGGGCUCCAAUAUUAGUAGCCACAGAUGUUGCUGCUCGUGGACUUGAUAUCAAAGAUAUCAGAGUGGUAAUCAAUUAUGACUUUCCAACUGGGAUAGAGGACUAUGUGCAUCGCAUAGGGCGUACAGGAAGAGCUGGCGCUACUGGUAUCUCGUACACUUUUUUCUGUGAACAAGAUUGGAAAUAUGCUGGUGAUUUGGUGAAACUCUUGCAAGGUGCCAACCAGCAUGUCCCUCCACAGCUGCAAGACAUGGCUGCACGCAGUGCUUCUGGAGGUCCAAGAAACCAGGCUGCUGGGAUGAGCCGCUGGGAUGGGCCUGGUGGUCGUCGUUUUGAACUUGGUGCUGGUGGCCCUGUUGGUUAUGGUGGUGUCAGGGAGGGUCCUGGAGGUUUCGGUGGUCGUGAGGGCCCAGGUGGAUUUGGUGUUCGAGAAAGCCCAGCCAUGUUUGGUGGCGGGGAAGGCCCUGAUGGCUUGGGUGGCCGGGCUGGCCCUCGUGGUUUCGGUGGCCGGGAAGGCCCUGGUGGCUUCGGUGGCCAUGAGGGCCCUGGUGGCUUUGGUGGCCGGGAACGGGAGGGUCCUGGUGGCAGAAAGGGCCCAGGUGGCUUUGGUGGACGAGAUGGCCCUGGGUCAGGUGGUUUUGGUGGUAGAGGGGAGCGUGGAUCUGGUGGUUUUGGCAGUAGAGGCGGAUCAAGCCCUGGGGGCUUUGGUGGACGUGGUGGCAGGGGCGAUUCUCCUGGUUUUGGUGGGCGUGGCAGGGGUGAUUUUUCCGGAUUUGGUGGGCGUGGCAGGGGUGAUUCUCCCGGUUUUGGUGGACGAGGUAGGGGAGAUUUUUCUGGUGGACGUGGUGGCAGGGGGCGUGGAUUUGGCGGGAGGGGGCGUUCUGACCGAGGCCCACAUGACCGGUUUGUCUUAGAUGGACGGGGACGAUAUGAUAACCGUCGAGGAUUUGGAGACAAAGGUAGGGAUCGGAGCUACAGCCGCAGCCCAGAUAGAGUCCGGUCACGGGGUUAUGACAGAAGAAGUGAUAGCAAGAGCAUUAGUAGGAGCAGGAGCCGCAGCAGGAGCUGGUCACGCAGCAGGAGCCACAGCAGGAGCUGGAGCCGUAGUCGGAGCUGCAGCAGCAGCCAGAGUCGCAGCAGGAGCAGGAGCCAUGACCAUGGGGCAGCACCGGAGCGCAGGCCCCGAGCAAGAUCUGGUUUCGAUGUGCUGCCUGGAGCAGCCGGACCUGCACCUGUCCCUGUACCUGGACCAGCAGCACCACCUGUUCCUGCUCUCGCUCCUCAACAAUCACUGGCCGAUACAUCUUCAAUGUCGCCAAUGUCUCCUGGUGGCCUAGUCCAGCCAGCUGCUGCUGCACCGUUGAUAUGUGGUGGGAAUGACAACAACUUUGGCGGCACACCGGCUGGCCAGCCUUUCCAAGGGACUGAUGCUGCAUUCCCCAGUUUUCCUGCAGGCGAAACAUUUCCAGGCGCAGCAGUUCAGCAGGCCGCUCCUGAUGUAUAA